CUGCGUAUAGAAGCAGAAUGUCUCAGGGCGCUCAAUCGCGCAAUCAGACACAAGUAUGGUAACUCACCAACGAUACCAGUACCGAUACUUACCUAUCACACAUAUGGUGAAAUCUCGGGCCUUCGAUAUAUGGACAUGUCACGUUACGAUGACCUAUGGUCCGUCUAUUACAUUAGCGUAGAAAAUAUGGUUGGACAAUUGCCCUGGCGAUACGUGAACGAGAAAAAUGAUGUGGCGCAAAUGAAAGAAAACAUCGAUUUGUUACGGCAAAAAUACGGCACGGUAAGUGAAUUCCCAAAUUCCCGUCAACCUGCCAGAUUAAAAGUUGGCGCUGCUUACAAAGUCCAACAUUGCUGA